UUGAUAUCUCCGUCGUGCGGUCAAGAGGCGAAACCCUUCUUCUCCUCCUUUCUUGCGCUCGAUCGCUCGCUCCCAUGGCGAUGGAGAUGGCGUCGAUGGCGGCGGCGAUCGGGGUCUCCGUCCCCGUCCUCCGCUUCCUCUUCUGCUUCGUGGCCACGAUUCCCGUGAGCCUCGCGUGGCGGCUGGUCCCCGGGACGCUACCGCGACACCUCUACGCCGCCGUCUCGGGGGCGGUCCUCUCCUACCUCUCUUUCGGCGCCUCCUCCAACCUCCACUUCCUGAUCCCCAUGUCCGUGAGCUACGCCUCCAUGCUCUUCAUCCGCCGCUACGCCGGCGCUAUUACCUUCUUCGCUGGCUUCGGUUAUCUCAUCGGAUGCCAUGUAUAUUAUAUGAGUGGGGAUGCAUGGAAGGAAGGAGGGAUUGAUGCAACAGGAGCUUUAAUGGUGCUGACUCUCAAGGUUAUAUCAUGUGCAAUAAAUUACAGCGACGGGUUACUGAAGGAAGAAAGCUUACGUGAGGCUCAGAAAAAGAAUCGAUUAGUUCGUUGCCCCUCUUUAGUUGAAUAUAUUGGUUACUGCCUCUGCUGUGGAAGUCACUUUGCGGGUCCUGUAUAUGAGAUGAAGGAUUAUCUUGAAUGGACAGAACACAAAGGAAUUUGGGCUUCUUCCACUAACAGUCCAUUACCAUCACCUCUUGGUGCAACAUUGCGAGCUCUACUUCAAGCUGCUAUAUGUAUGGGCUUGUACUUGCAAUUAGUACCACAUUUCCCACUUUAUCGGUUCAACGAACCCAUAUACUAUGAAUGGGGUUUCUGGCACAGGCUGUUCUACCAGUACAUGUCUGGAUUUACAGCCCGUUGGAAGUACUACUUUAUCUGGUCAAUCUCAGAAGCUUCGAUUAUCAUAUCUGGGUUUGGUUUCAGUGGCCGGUCAGAUUCCUCUCCUCCCAAGCCACAAUGGGACCGUGCAAAAAAUGUUGAUAUUCUUGGUGUGGAGUUUGCAACUAGUGCAGUUCAGUUGCCUCUUGUAUGGAACAUCCAAGUCAGCACUUGGUUACGCCACUAUGUAUACGAGAGGCUCAUUCAGAAAGGGAAGAAACCUGGAUUCUUUCAGUUGCUGGCUACACAGACAAUUAGCGCCGUUUGGCAUGGAUUGUAUCCUGGAUAUAUUAUAUUCUUUGUUCAAUCAGCAUUGAUGAUUGCAGGUUCACGAGUAAUCUACAGAUGGCAGCAAGCUGUUAACGUGAAGAAUUUUUUGUUCAGAAAGAUGCUGACGUUUACAAACUUCGCCUACACUCUGCUUGUCCUCAACUACUCCUGCAUUGGCUUCAUGGUCCUGAGCAUGAAAGAGACCCUCGCAGCUUACCGGAGUGUAUACUUUGUUGGCACUGUUGUUCCAGUCAUAGUUAUCCUGCUCGGUUACAUCAUUAAACCAGCUAGGCCUGUGAGGUCUAAAACUCAGAAAACCCACUAAGAGAAAACUUGUCCAUUUUAUUGUGAUGGGAGAAGAGGUGAAUGAAUAUUCAAGCUUCUGGUUCCUGGGGGUUUUUCCUGUAUUUGAAGCCGGUAAAAGCCAUUUGUUUGUUCCUAGCUUUCUUUAUUUCUAGUUUCUGGGUGUUAUGUAAACUAUACACUCUUGGCUUGGGUCCUAUUAUUUGAUUUGCUAAUUUGUAUUGAUGGUAUGUUCAACAUUUUUAUGCAAAGCGAUCGGGAGUAAAGACAUCAUUUUAGAGCUGAAA